AUUUUCCUUCACUCUGGUAAUUCUGUGCCUCAGCUUCAUUUCUCAACAAGUUGGACUUGAGAAAUAGCCGCUGAUUCUAAAACCUGGUAAGAGACCACUACUUUUAUUGACACGAAUUUAUACAACACUUUUUAGUAUGAUCUGGACGAAUUUAAGUUAAAUACGGGUUGUAAUAUUAAAUUUUUUUAUAAAAUGUAUUUUGCAUUCUUUUAAAAAGAGAUUCUAUUUACCAUCACGCAUUUUAAUUAGGGUAUAAGGACCUAAAUUACACAUUAGUGCCCAUUUUUGCUUCAAUAAAUCUACUCUAUAAUCAAAAUGUAAUUUUAAUAAAUAGGAGAAGUUCCUAAACAAAAUGGGGCGCUGUGUCGGUGGUAGGUAUUACAAAUAAAUUUGUUUUUAUAACCUACGUUGAUGACGUGAAUUGGACACCGUAGAGACAUUUUAAAGGUAAAGCGUUGAGAACAAAGGUUUUUUUCGUCAGCUUUAGAAUCUCUUUACGGUGGCGAAUUCACACAAUCAACAGAAUUGAUGAAACCAAAUUAUCACUUUCAUAAUAAAUUCUUAGGCGAUCUUAGAUAAUUCUUGUAAAUUUAUGGUCCUAGGAUAAUCAUAUCUGAAGCCGAAGGUGUCAAAUAAACAUAUCCUCUAAUUCUUUGCACGUCGGUAUGGUAUUUUAGACUUCAGUAAAUUACAGGACGGAACACGGCGCAAUCAUUGAAGAAUUUCGGAAAUUUAAGAUUGUCGCUAUCAAACUUUAUUUUGGGGAGGAAAUUGCUAUAAAAGCAUCAUCAGACACUUAUAACCCCGAAGCGAUUAUGUUUGACUAAGAACUGGGAUUUGUUAAUGCGUGAGCGAGCCAAAUAGAAUUUACUUCUUAACAUAGGAUUGUGUAUCUUUAACGUUUUCUGAAAGCGUAAUAAGUGAAACUUUACUACGGUACUAAUAAGGAAUACAUUAUGAAAUUGCAGUUUUCAGACCGCAAACUCGACCAUAGUAUAGAAAGCCCGCCAAACUUUUAUUUAUAAAUGGAUGCGCACCGUAAAGUUAACAUUUCAAGCGUUUUACACUAUCUACCUCACGGGAAAAUUCAGUUUCAACUGCUCGCGUUGCAGACGCCCUAAAUAUUUAAAAGCCUAAAAAUCUACGCAAUUUUCUGGUCGUAAAUUCUAAUGAGCAACAAUUCAAGCAGUGUAAAUCUACCACACGGGACUCAUAAAUGCAAAAAAAAUUGUAAUUUUUUCGAACAGUUGAUACUAUUUUUAAGUGUUAUUUCCCACAAGUAUUUUUCAACAGAAUUUUUAAUUUUCAAACCGUACAAUUUCAGAAUUUAAGAAAUUUUCAACACAAAUGCACGCAAUUUUCUGACCGUGAGUUCUAGUAAACAACGAUUCAAGCGCACUGAAUCUACUGGGCAUAGUUUUCUGAAAGCACACGAUUACUUGGUAAGCGCGACUUGUUUCUGCAUGCCAGGUUAUUCACCUUCUUGCCGUCUUGAAAGCACAAGGAUUGAAAUGUUGAAAUAUCCUUUCGCCUCGGAAAAACUCAGAAGCUUAUUUUCACUGUAGUUAAGUUUACUUGUGGAAGUCCCUUCCAUCAGGAAUUUAACACCGUCAAAACAAUCCUGUUGAUUUAUUCGCAUCCGCCGCGCUAUCACCGGCCGCUAUACUUAAAUGCGGAGUUGAACUCAAAAUUUUGUUCAGAAAAUGUUAUCCCAAACUCCCUCAAGGGAAAUCAAUUACCAUAACUUAUCCGGUGCAUCCCGUUGUAAAGAUUAUAGUUGAAUCUUUCAUUUUUUAAGCUUUUCAAUGCCUCUUUGUAAUCAGUUGUGAGUUUUUAUGAUGAUGAACCCCAGCUUGUGUUUGGCAAUAUAGGGGAGUUUAGACGCUUGUAGGUCAUAAGCUUGUGGCACUAUGGAUAACCACACAGUAGCAGAUCAGACCAGUAGCGAGGAUCAUUCAUCCUCAGUUUAACCAAGGCAUAUUGACGUUGUUAUCAACAGCAGCACCAGGGAUCUGAACUUUACCUAAAGAAUGAAACUCUCCAAAUGAAGUCUCCAAAUCUCUAAAUCAUAUUUCGAUUCAAGUUAUAGAGCUAAAAGAUUGCCUUCCUCGUUUCGAAAGCAAAAGUAUUUAAAAUUUCGUGUAAGAAUCAGAAUACGGACCGAGAGUGCCAUUAUUUUUGUGCCAUAAAUUUUCUUAGCUUGGUGGAUUGUUUAAGCCAAGGCGUCAACUCGGUCCGUUUCGCUAUCGUCACGACAUGCUACUUCAAUGCUGGCAAAAUUAUGUUUCUACUACCUUGCAAAUCCUGUUAGGUGAUUUGUUUGUUGGAUAAUGUAUGGAUAUCACAAAGGAAAGUAACAUGCAAAUCACCUCUGGGAGUUAAUGGGUCAAGGCUACAAGAUUAUCAUGCACUGUACCCAGCAGUUGGGCAUGCACACAAAUCAUGAUUUGGGGUGAAUAUGUAUCCAAAUUAUAGGAACAUAUGGAUCAUGUAACCAAAUAAAGGGAGGUGGGUGAGCAUGUACUCACAUUGUGGCUAAUGUGGUUGAUCAUGUAAUCACACUAUGAGGACGCGAUGAUCAAGCAUCCCAAUGAAGGUAAGCAGAUGAUUCCAAACCCAUAUUAAAAGUACAAAGCGAGUACGUACCUAAAUUAUGGGCACUGGGUAACCUUCAACCCAAAUCAAAGGUACAGAGUAACUAUGUAGUAAAUCCUACAAAUUCUUCGUCAAAAUUAUUGUCAAUUACAGCACUAUUAGUAUGAUAACUUACAUGUAAAGACAUAAAAUUAGUUCCUUUAAUUUCUAUUUCCUUCACUGAACCUUUAAUUAACAUUUGGUGAAUGUUUGUGAUUCAAGUUCAAGUGAUUAAUGUUGCUUCUUCCCACUAUGCAUGCUUUUGUAUCUAACUGUCAAGAAAAUCCCUUUUAAAUUGUAUAUUAAGGUUUUUAUACUUCACAUUUUCAGUAGUUUUUCCACACAGCCCCUGACACUUCAAUAUGCAUACAGUGUUGAAUAAAGAAAUGAUGACAAAAAAGUAGAUUACCUGGGAUACCAGAGUUUUGUUUUGCUUUGUAUUUUCCCCUGCAGUGAUCAAUUAAAUAACAGCAGUUUAUGCACUUGCUUAUUGUGAGAGUACUGUCUGGUAGAUUUUCUGGAUGGGAACAUUAUUCUACAAGACAGUAAAGAUACAUCUCAGUUUGGUGUUUUAAGUAUUCGGAGGUUCCCUUUUUACUCAAUUUUGUUUGGUUUUUGUUUUGUUUUUUCUUAUAAAUUGUGAGUUCAUUUCUCUUUAUUUGUGAUUAAAGAUGAUGAGAUCUUUUUUGUGUCCAUAAGAAUGAAUUUCUUUUCUUUAAACAUGACCUUUGAAUGAAGAGCUGAAUUAAUUGUGAUUGAGGUACCAUUUUGCUUUGGUUAAGUUUUGAUCAGGGUUUUGAAUGUACGUGGAAUUCAUACGGAUUGGCAAACAUCAUAAAACAGACCAAAAGUGGUUCUAGAGAAGAAAUCAAUUCCUCUUUCAUUGCAUAAGACUGGUUAAGACUAGCAAAAAAAUGUAUAUAUAAAUUAGUGAAUUUGUUUUUUUUCUAGUGUGUGUGUGUUAAACAUGAUCAUCUCGAAUUUUGCAUUAACUCGAAAGAACUUGGGAUAUAAUCUGUGAUGGGUAGAAAGUCCACAUGUUUUUAAGUGAAUUUGGCAAGGAAGUAUAGAAGACCGUCUAUUCAGAUUGUACUAUUGCCAUGUUUCAACGUGUUCCUUUCAAUAAAACCACAAAAUUAUCAUGUAACAGUGACAUUAAAAGGGAGUGUAUGGAGUAUUAAAAAAAACCCUAUUGAAUGAAAAGAAAAUCUGACAAUAAAGGACAGAAUGUUAAUUUUCAAUUUUACAAUACAACUUUAGUCCUUUUUUAACUGAGCUGCAGAAGCUUUCCAUAUCAGUUUAUCCACGGUGUAACUGCAAAGAGAAGCCAUUCUGCAUUUAUAAUUCAAAUGAAAUAACUGCCCUUCAAGUUCUCCAUAGGAAAUUAAUUUGUGUCUAAGUACCAAGUAAAGUGAGAAUUCCAUCAGAAGAAAAUAUCAGUGUUAUUACGACAUUUAAAAUGUAAGCACUUAAUAAAUACCUCUUAGAAGGAUGUGCAAGGAUAAGGAGAAUCACUAAGCUCUAAAACUUUUUUCAUGAACUUGUGGCUUGCAUACAUUUUUAUUAUAUAGAAUUUUAAAACGUUGGUAAAUUUACAGAAGUUUCAGUUAGCACGCAUUUAGUGUAACCAUGUAAUUAAAAUAGAUGUACUUUUAAAAGUUCAUUACUCAUGGCUCACAAAAACACGAGUAGGGCUGGAGGGAAAAUUUAGAUAACUCCCAGGCUGUAAGAGAGCUAUUCUGCAGAAUGCAGCUCUUUUAUUCAUAAAAUACUGGCCUUUUCUGACCUUCUCAUGACAACAAACCAGGUAAAUUUUGCUUGUGCAAUUACAUACAACACAACCAAAUAUAAAGAGCAACUCACCCGAUUCGGACAGUUCUCCUGCUUCAUUCCAAAUUGAAACUUUCUCUCGCUGAAUUAAAAUCCAAUUAUGCUUCCUACGUCAAAACAGGGGCCAUUUUCAGUUUUUACAAGAAGCUUUUUGACUUCUGGGGCUGAUAUUUCUUCCAAGAUAGCAACAACGAUAUCAGGGACAACUUUGUUUACCUUAUUCAAAUCCGUCUCCAUUUCGUUGACCGAGAAACUCCUAGGUCGAGUCGGGCUUACCAAGUUGUGUAAGCCUUUUAAUAUAGCGCGGUAACUGAGAUUAUUCCGAGAAGUCAGCAAGGCGAAUCUAUUUUUAAAUGGUUAGAUAGGGAAACCCUGCUUAAAUUGUACGAAAAGAAGUCUGAUUAUCAGUUAACAGUGUCAGAAAUAUAUUAGAAACUCGGGAGUGCAAAAAUUUUAUGUAAGAGCACAUAAACUUCUCAUUGAUAAAUGUUUAGCCAAAAUUUUUUUAUGUCCGAAUAUUGCUCAAAAUAUCAAAUGAUCACUUGAAAAGUCUUCCUCAUUUUAAUUGGCAGGCAUCGGCUUGGUAAAUGAGUACUGGUUGAUGGCUCAAACUUCCUUGCAAUAUUUUAUUGGCGGCUUAACUGUCCUAUUUGGCCUGUCCAAUUACAAGGGUUUUAAUACCUAAUGGAUUUGAAGAUUAUUAUAUUAUGUCCUACGUUGAACGUGACCUGUUCUAGCCAAUCGGGAGUGAACACAAAUACCGGAUGGGUUUGAAGAGUAUCCUGCUCUGUAAUACAGUGUACGAGACCAACUCUAGCCGAUCGGGCGUAAAGAGAAAUACAUGAUGGGUUUGAAGGGUACUAAUCAAUAUACUCUGAGUAAUUCACUUUUUUUAUGUUUAUUAACUUAUUAGCCAGAAAGACCGGACAAAAUGAAGACAACAUCCUUUUGGUGUUUUGUUUUUUCUAUCCUUGUACAGUUUAAGACUAUACUUUCGAAAAGUACCUCUGGUAAGUGCCAAGUAAUGAAAGGAAUAUAUUAUGGAAUUUCGACAACACAGUCGCAAUUGUUCUUACCUAUAAAUCAUACCAUGAAUUUUUUGAAACACAAUAAAAUACGCUGUGGUCACCAUACUGAUCCUCAGCUUUAUAUUCUUGGGAUCAAACCAUGAUCAAACUAAUGCCCCCGCUUUCAGACCAAAGUUUAAACAGGUUUUAAAGCUGUUUUGUUAAUAUGGUCUAAAAUUGUUUUCCUCAUAAAAGUUGCAUGCUUAAAAAUCGAUGUUUGUUUGAUUGAAAUCUAUGUUUGACAACUUUAAACCUGAAUUCAGUUUCUCAGUUCUCUGUUUCUGAUUUUUAUUCAGUUAAACCCGGUUUAACUAUAAACAUUUUUUGCUAGUGUUAUUGGGGUAUAAGACUUCAACAGGUAUAAUACUUGCAUCGUUUGAUGCAUUAUCAUCUGAGCUCUGCAGUGUUAAAUUGAGUUCAGAAAACUUGAGUACACGGCAAGUUCAGCCGUUGACUCCACUGAUACACAUUUAUAAAGGUUUUUCCAUCAACUCCUUAUAUCAAUUGAAAUCAAUCUUACAUCAGUUUCUGAAAUAAAUCCGAUUUAUUCAGAUGUAUUUAAAACUUUGUUCCUCGUCUGAUUUUACCAAUAUCUGCUUUAAAAAGGAUCUGUGACUUCCCCUCCAGAGAAAAGAAGUGUUCAACCGUCAUUCUUUGCUGGUGGUAGUCCUCCAAAAGGGCUACCUGGUACUUCUCAAGGGAUCGAAAUCCAGCAGACGCUGCCUAAUGAUCCUCCAGACACUCCACCUUAUUUUUUUUCUCUCUUUGAUCCAAGCACCAAUACACCGUUUUAUUCAGCUUACAAAGUUACACCUGUUCAGUCGAAGGACAUUGGAAAGGAAAGAAGGCUGGGUGGAAUAAAGUGGAGGGACCCCCCAGGUUUGGAGAUAUAGUCAUUAAACAUUAAUUGCAGAUUCAGUCUACAUAGUAAAACCUGUUCGCCAUCGAACAUCCACUAAAUAUUGAAUGUGGAACAGCAGUACAUCAUCAUCGAACCAACUAACAUAUUCCACCCGGCCUUUCUUCCUUCCAAAAGUCCCUUGCCCGAAUAAGUUUUAUUAUGUGGACUGAAUCAAUCUGCAAUUAAUGUCUAAUAACUACCACAGAUUAUGCAAGAUCUACCUUCACGUUGUCGUAUGGGGACCUUAUCGUGAGCGUACAUGUCAGAAUGUAUUUUGAUGCCCUUUUUUAAGCCUUAUUUUUUCAACAAGUUACAAACAAUAUAGCAUGCUGAAAAGACUACAUAAUUUUAUCACUCAAAGUCGAGUAUUCCUUGAUUCCAAAUCAUUUAAUUCAGUUUUCGAUCAGUUUACGAUCUGCCAAAGAGGUGGAUAGAAUUAAUUAGAAAGUAGAAAUAACGCGUCACGAAAAAUAGUGUAAACAACUUUAAGUUCCCAGCAUCGCACACAAAAAAAAAGUUCACAGUUCAAGCGGUUUUAAUUUCGCACUUUGACUGGUCAUUAAAGUUACAAACACUCACCCCUUACCACGCAGUAACCCUUCUCCCCUCCUCUCUAAACUAACACUCUUUGCAGAGCUGGUAUACACCCUCUGCUUUUCCAGCAGGUAAAGUUAAGCAAUCAAGCACCAAUGAUAUAACGAAAAUGCUAUGUAGCGCGAAAAUGAGAACUAUGCAUUACCGAGUGGCUAACUAUGUUUGGUCUGUGGGGCAAACAAGUGUGUGAUCACCAGUAUAUCUCCUGCUUGACGAAACACCAAACUAGAAUACAUAUUCCCACGGUUAUACAAGAGGAGCAGAUGCUGGUUUAAAAGACCGGUGUACAAUACACAUCUUAUCAGAAUCUUUUUGUUUAUCGUUCAAAAUCAUCUGUGUUCACAGGCGUUCCUGGUGUUAGCAUUGCCUACAAAGAAGCAAUCGCAGACACCACACAACCGAGAAGUCCAAACCAAGCAUUAACCAAAGGUCAUUUGAAUCCCUCAGCGAUAAAUUCCUUUGACAAAAAAUUCAUGGCCGCCACCUAUACUUUUACCAAUGGCGUACCUCAGUUUGCAGCGUCGAACUUCUUUUUGACGAAUUUUGAGUCAAAAGUGGAAAAUUAUGCUAAGGACGAUUGUGGCAAGAAAGAUGGAACCCUCUACCUUUUGACAGGCAGAUCAGAAAAUGGCCUACUCAUUAGUCCCGAGGAGAAACCUGUUCAGGAUCUUACAAAUCAAAUUCCCAAGCCUUAUCAGAGGGAUGCGUUUGUGCAAGGUACAAUAACGCUUGUAACUCCUCGUUCUAUUUGGACAGCUGGUUGCUGUAUGUGGCAGGUACCGGGUGGGGCGAAAAGAGCAGAAUCUUUUGCAGUGAUGAGCAACAAUUAAAACAAAAAAUCGAGGGUUCUCCAAACAGAAAUGAGUGUGCGCGGACUAGAGGAGCUCCUUAAGACACCACCAACGGCCGAAGUAAAUUUGUUCCCAGGGGAAGAGGAAUGUCGACGACCUGAGAACAAUAAACCACUUUAAAAGAAUCAAAAGAAGGGAUCAUUGAUGAGAACAGACUGUUACAAAUAAAGUAGAUAGGUUACUACCCCUGAUUAGUGUGAUUAGUGAGAGACUCGUGAUGAAUUGUCCUCCUAUUUGGCAUAUACGUGUCUCCGCGAUGCUUGAAAAAAUAAACUCCCAAUUAUGUUUAUGAUUAAUAGUCUUUCUUAAGGAAUAGGACAUUGUUGCCUUGGCAAUAAGACAUCGAAAUGAUAACGAGAGAUCAUUAAAAAAACUUUGGAACCAAACUCCUUUUUAUGUACAGACAGCUAUUAAUGGUGAAUUCUAGAACAGCUGUGCCGGUCACCGCGUCCCGAUUCACCUCAGU